AUAAAUAUUAAAUAGAUGCUGUCGGGAAAACUUAUUCGAACUCCAAUCAGUUUUCUACUUUUUUCUUUGAAUAGUUUCAAAGUUGCAGUGCGCACGUGACGACGACGCGUGCCAGCAGCCAUAAUAUCGCAGCGUAGCCUCGCUAAAAGUAGUGUCAGUUUCGCUGUUGCGCUCGAACUAUUCACCUCUAAAGUGCGGACUACCGCAAUAUCUGCGCAACGGUUGUCCUUUCUCGAGUAGUCAGUCUCCGCCUCAGUUUUAAGAUGCCGAAUAUUAUUAACGAUAUCAAGCUUGAUUUCAAGGACGUGCUGCUUAGACCAAAAAGAAGUACCUUGAAAAGUAGAUCCGACGUGGAUCUAUACCGGGAAAUUACUUUUCGCAAUUCCAAGCAGACUUACAAGGGCAUACCAGUUAUGGCUUCGAACAUGGACACUGUAGGCACUUUUGAAAUGGCCAAGGCAUUAUCCAAGCAUGGCUUAUUCACCACUGUCCACAAGUAUUAUACUGUUGAAGAAUGGAAAGAAUUUGCAAGUAAAAAUCCAGAGUGUCUGAAGAACAUGGCUGCUAGUUCAGGGACAGGAAAUGAAGACUUUGAGCGUCUGUCAGGUGUUUUGGCAGCAAUCCCUGAAUUGCUUUUUAUUUGUAUAGAUGUUGCCAAUGGAUACUCUCAGCAUUUUGUGGAAUAUGUAAGAAAAGUCAGGGCUCAAUUCCCUGAUCAUACCAUUAUGGCUGGAAAUGUUGUUACUGGAGAAAUGGUAGAGGAACUAAUUCUCUCUGGUGCUGAUAUAAUCAAAGUAGGAAUUGGACCUGGAUCAGUUUGUACUACACGCAUGAAAACUGGUGUGGGUUACCCACAAUUGAGUGCAGUAAUUGAGUGUGCAGAUGCUGCACAUGGUCUCAAAGGUCACAUAAUUUCUGAUGGUGGUUGCACAUGUCCAGGUGACAUUGCCAAAGCUUUCGGCGCUGGCGCUGAUUUGGUCAUGGCAGGUGGAAUGUUCGCUGGUCACGACGAAUGUGGAGGCGACGUUAUUGAAAAAGAUGGUAAAAAGGUCAAAUUAUUCUAUGGUAUGGCAUCCAGCACUGCUAUGAAGAAACACGUUGGUGGAGUAGCUGAUUACAGGUCAUCGGAAGGUAAGACAGUGGAAGUACCGUACCGUGGCCCGGUCGAAGCAACAAUAUUGGAUAUCCUUGGUGGAUUGCGUUCGGCAUGUACUUACGUCGGAGCAGCUCGGCUACGUGAAUUACCAAAACGUGCGACAUUUGUUCGUUGCACGCAGCAGUUAAACAACAUCUAUGGACCACCGAUGUAGAAUUAAUGAUGUGCCAAUUGAAUGCCUGCACGUGUGCGCAAUCGAUCGAAAGUCAAUUACAAAAAUGUAAACGUUAUUUUGAGAAUCUCUCGACAUAUUAUCGUCUCUUUCUUCUUUUUCAACUGCAUUUAACGCGCAAAAGUAUUUUUCGACGCUGCAUAGGAUAAUAAUUUAUUUCCGAGAGAUUAUAUGAGAGCGAAUGAAAAAAACAAAAAGAAGUGUACGAUUUUACGGACCUCACGCGUAUAGAUUACAACAGUAUUAGCUAGUGCGCAUUAGCUAUGUUAUACGUAGGUAAUUGAAUGCUGUAUUUUUUACCAAAGACGAUGGCCUGAAUGUAUUAUGGUGAUAGGUAAUAUUGUACUUCUGAUAACGCGCAAAAAGAGAAUUUUUUCGUUCUUCGGCACAAAUACAGUUAAUGUGAUGUUAUUUUAUUAUUAUUUCAUUUUAUUUAUAUACAAUAUAUGAUGAUUAUAGGCAAUUUAAGACAUAGUGAAGAGAAAGAACUUAAUUCUAAAGACAGGGAAUUAUUAUCGAUAACAAAAAACAACAGCUUUGUUUAUUGUUGGACAUGUUUAUUCAUUUGAGACUUCCAAAUGUAUUAUUAAGUGUCAUUUUUUUGGUAUGUAGUCAACCAGUUAUUCGGCGUCGAAAUAUUUCAAAUUUAUCAUACAACGACGUUCCGAGGUACAAGUAUAAUGGUUUUUCAAUGUUGUGUGCGCGAUGUGUUGCAGAUGUACAUUCUGUUAAUGUUCAUUGAAUGUAAUAUAAUACGUAUGUAUCUUUACAUCAUAAGUAAAUAAAAAAGAAACAAGUAGGUGCUUAAACCGAAUUAUAUAAAUAAUUUCAAUCCACUUAGCUUGGAAUUCCUUCGUUUUUUAUGGGUAAAAAAUAUUACCACUUUCACUCUUACAACUACAUAUAGCAAUCAUUCAUUCAAUUCAAUUAUAGAAAGUCAUUUUUGAUUAAAGUUUUGUUUUCUAUUCACAUUCCGUUUCACACAUAAAAGAUGAUUACGUCGAGAUAGAGUUCCUUUUUCAAUUAUCAAAGGCGUGAUCAUUGUAUUCCAUUGUCGUAUC